AUGAGAUUUCUAAUUGUAAAUGGAUUCAAUGCAUCUGCAUCUAGUGCUAAAGUAUUUGAUUAUUUUAGAAAUAACAUUUAGAAUGUAUAUAAUUAUAUUAGAUUUAGAUGAUAUCAAAAUAAAGGGAAGUAGCUGAUACUUAGUGUGAGUAUCAUUUUAGAGAUCGGCAUUCUUUAGAUGAUUUCCUUUAUGAACCAGAAACAAGUUUAAUUAGAAUGGAAUAUGGAUUGAAAUUCAAUUCUAUAGAUAUUGUUUUCAUAAUAGCAUCCCCUAAUUCAAAACCUUGGAGUCCAAAUAUGAGGAAAGUAUUAAUAUUAAUUUACCUUAUUAAGAUAGUAACUUUGAUUAGAAUGUGUUUAAAGACAAAAAAGUUAUUAUUCUCCACUUCAUUUGGUGCAUAGGCAAUAGCUUAUCUUUGUUCAACUAAUUUUUCAGUAGUAACUAAUUUAUUUUUGAUCUAAAGCAUGCUUCUAUUACUAACAAUCAUGGAGAAGGAUGUAAAUUGGUGGAUUUUCCAAAAUAUACAUUAUAAGCAUUAAAAAAUGGUCCUAAUGAAUAUUUCUUGGAUUCCACUACUGGAGAUCUUUAUUUUUAUUGUAAAAUAACAGAUGAAUGGUUACCAAAAGCUAAUAUUGGAUUACAUAAUAGGAGAGAUGCUAUGGAGUAUCAAUCUAUUGGUAAAUACAUUGUCAAAUCACCAACUUAUAAACCUAAAUAGAAUAUGUUGGAAAAUUAAAGUGAAAUGAUGUGUUAGAUAAAAAAACAAUUCUUACAUCAUUGGUUAUUUAGAGAAGUAACAAUGGAAUUUGCAAUAACUUCUUACAAUUAAUGGGAUAUUCAUGCUAUUACAUUUACAAAUCCAGAUAAAGUAUUUAAUGAAAUACUUAUAUUAGAAAUUCAAUUCAUUAGCAGAGCAUAAUUUAAGAGGACCAUUAAUAAUUGAGAGUGACAAUAUAAUAGCAACAAUGUUUGAAUUGGAACCAAAAUAGAAGGAUACUGUAAAAAUAUUAUCUAAUUUUAUUGAUAAUGCUGUUAAAUUGAUUAGAUUCAAUAAUAAUUAUAAUAAUAUUAGCAUUACAAAUGAUAAGUACUUUUCAGGAAAUAAAGGAUUAGAUAAUAUUGAGAUUGUAUUUUAAUAGAAAAGAAAGAUAGGUAAUUUGAAUCCUGAAGAUUUGUUAAAAAAAUAAUAGAAAAAUUUUAUGCAUGAAUAUAGGAAAUUAUUGAAUACUGCCAUUUAAGAAACUGAAAGAGAUAAGAUAUUUCAUGUUGGAUUUUCAGUUAAAAAGGAUAGAUUACCAGAGUAUUACUUUAUUAAUAUAGUUUUGUAUAGCAAAAUAAUAUUUAAGAGAAGAAUUAUAAAGUAGUGAGACGAAAAUCGUUUCAAAUGAAAAAGGCUAUAUUCUUAAGAUAAUAGAGUUAGAUUAAUGUUGGUGGAGAUGAUGAUUAAUAAAUGAGAGAUUUAUUAGAUGAGGCUCCAAAAAAACCUUUACCAUUCUAACGUGUUAUAUCAACUGCUAAUAAUAGUAAAAGAUUAAACUCAAAAAAACAUUCAAAUCCAAAAACACCAAAUACAAUUGAAAAAGAAGACAAUGAAUUUCAAGAUUUUGAAAUCAAGGGAAUAAAUAAUAUCUCUGUUAGAAAAAUGCUUCAUCCUUCCUUAGAUGAUGAAUUCUUAGGAUCAAAUAAGAUAUGGGUACCAGGAUUCUUAUCAAAGGAUAAAAGUAAGAAUAAUCAUAUUGGUCAAAGUUAAAGAGGUUAACGCAAUUAGAAUAAUAGAUUUCACACUGAUUCACUUGUCGGUUGA